AUGCUGGAGACCCACGCCGUCUGCAGACUGACCCUGGCCUCGGACGCCGAAAUCAAAGUCGAAAAAGCCAAACAAGAAACACUACUCUUCUGGAGCGGUCCUGUCACAGCAGAACGACGGGACGUAGGCGUUGCAUUUGCUGUCCGGAACGACAUCGUCGGAAGACUGCCCUGUCUGCUGCAGGGCAUCAACAAUCGACUGAUGAGUCCCCGCCUGCAUCUCCAGGGAUGUAAAUUCACCAACAUCUUCAGCGUCUGUGCCCCGUCGAUGACCAGCCUUGACGAGGCCAGGAACAAAUUCUACGAGGACCUGCACGCCCUCCUGGUGUUUGUGCUGAAGGCGGAUAAGUUGAUUGUCCUUGGUGACUUCAACGCCCGCGUCGACACAGACCAUGCAGCCUGGAGAGGAGUGUUGCGUCCACCUGAUCUCAAUGGCUUCAACGACAAUGGACUACUUAUUCUGCGAACCUGCUCAGAACAUCGGCUCAUCCUGACAAACACCUACAUCCGCCUUCAGAUGCGAGACAAGGUCACCUGGAGGCAUCCUCGGUCGCAACAUUGGCACCUGCUGUACUAUGUCCUCGUCCGGAGGCGAGAUCAGCGGGACGUGCUGGUGACAAAAGCGAUCCCGGGUGCUGACGGGUGGACCGACCAUCGCCUAGUCAUCUCUGAGAUGCGAAUUCGUCUGCACCCUCGCAGGAGGCCUCAAGGUAAGUGACCCCCAGGUAAUCUGAAUACUGACUUGUUGUCUUUGUCUGCUCGCCAUCUUCAUCUCAGCGACAAGUUAGCCCAAAGGCUAGAAAAUCUCCCAUUCGUUAAAGCCAACGUCGUCGCUGACGAGAACGCCUCCGUGGAGAGCCGAUGGUGUCAACUGCGAGACACAGUCCAGUCGACAGCGCUAGGCGUCCUCGGUCGCGCACGCCGACAACACCCGGACUGGUUCGACGACAACGACGCCUCCAUCAACAACAUGCACGCCCAGAAGAAACGCCUGCACAAAGCCUACGUCGACCAUCCCGCCGACGAUAACAGAGAUGAUUUCCACUGUAGUCGCCGUCUUAUGCAACAGCGGCUGCGCGAGCUACUGCUACCACUGCUACCACUGCUACUGUAG